AUGAAUCCAGGAAAGUAUCUAUUCGAAGUUUAUGGAGCACAAGGAAGCCAAAGGACAAAUGAUGCAGGUGGAAAAGGCGGUUAUGCCAAAAUAACAGACAUUUUUCUUUUCAUUGGUUCUCAAGGAGUGUGGACAUCAAACUCUGUAUUUAGUCAGAACUCUUUUAAUGGAGGAGGCCGUGGAUAUAAUAAUGGACCUGGAGGUGGAGCUACCGACUUUCGAUUGUCAGAAAAUGACCUCAGUUCUCGAUUUUUGAUUGGCGGCGGUGGAGGGGCAGAAGGAUACAGGAGUAGUACAUCAUUUAAAGGAGGCUCUGGUGGUGGAUUAUCAGGAGGAGAUGGAAUUGUUGGAACUGAUAGUUCAGCCACAAUUGGAAGAGGAGGAAGUCAAAUUUCUGGCGGAUCUGGUUAUAAAAAUAUGAAUGGAAUAUUUGGAUUUGGCGCAAAUAAAACAGAGACAGGUAUUAUUUCAGGAGGAGGUGGAGGAGGUCUUUUCGGUGGGGGUACUGGGGAAGGAGCUGGUUGUUCUGGUGGAGGAGGUUCUGGAUUUGUGUAUUCAAAUUCAAAACCUCCUGAAAUAAGAGAUAUAAAUGAGAUUAUGAUAGAGAAUGGAACUCUUAUUGGAGGAGUUAAUAUUGGAGAUGGAUAUGCUGUUAUUAGUCGAUUGUUGAGUUUAUCUAAUAAUAUCUGUUCAUGUCAUAACAUUAAUGCAUAUUUCUAUUUCAUAUUUACUAUUCUUUCAUCUCAUCAAUUAAUUGUUUUGUAA